AUGGCUUCAUCUGCGGCAGCUAAGCGUCUGGAGGGCAAGACUGUCCUCAUUACUGGAGCGUCGUCUGGAAUCGGACGUUCGACUGCUCUCGAGUUUGCGCGGACCAACCCCAAUGGCAACUUGCGACUUAUUGUGACGGCUCGCCGUACGGAGUCGCUGGAGGAACUUGCUGCUGAGAUUCACAAGGAGACUAACAAUGGAGUCAAGGUGCUUCCCGUGAAGCUUGACGUGAGCAAGGCGGAUGAGAUCCGGGGCUUUGUGAACAGUUUGCCGGAGGAGUGGAGGGAUAUUCAUGUCUUGGUCAACAAUGCCGGACUUGUGAAGGGUGUAGCCAAGGCACCUGAAAUUGAUGAGGAGGACAUGAACGUUGUCUUCACGACAAACGUCACCGGCCUCAUCAACAUGACACAGGCCAUUCUACCAAUUUUCCAGAAACGACCUAAUGGCGGCCAGGGAGAUAUUAUCAACAUUGGUUCCAUUGCCGGACGUGAGCCGUACCCCGGAGGCGGAAUCUACUGCGCCAGCAAAGCCGCCGUCCGAAGCUUCACGGAUAGCUUGAGAAAGGAGCUUAUCGCCACUCGAAUCAGGGUCAUCGAGGUUGACCCUGGCCAGGUUGAAACGGAAUUUUCCGUUGUUCGUUUCUACGGUGACAAGGCCAAAGCCGAUGCUGUCUAUGCUGGCUGCGACCCCCUCACUCCUGAAGACAUUGCUGAGGUCAUUGUCUUCGCCGCCACCAGACGCGAGAAUGUCGUCGUCGCUGAGUCUCUGCUCUACCCCAACCACCAGGCAUCUGCUCUUAUCAUGCAUCGCCGACCAACUUAG